AUCUUGAGAAAAUCGGUGGGUGUGUGUGUAGAAUUUGUAUUUGCUUAAUUUGCUUGAAUUUUUUUCCUGGCGAAUUAAAAUUUUAAUAAUUUAUAAUUUCGUUGUAAAACAAGUUCAUUUUACUAAGUAGAGAAAAAUACAUAGUAGAUAAAUAUAAGAAAGUGAAAAUUUAAAACUGUGAAUCGAAAUAGGUGACUAACUCUGAAAAACGACACGAGGCAGUAAAAAUCACCAAAAAUAUUUUGCAAAUACAAAGUAAAAAAAAAACUAAAAUAUUCAUAAGUACAAGUUUGUGUGUAUUUGAUAAAUUUAUUAAAUCAAUUGUUAAACGUUGUUAGAUUAACAACCACUUGCGAAAAAAAGGAACAAAGAGCGAGAUAAUAAAAUAAACAUACCGUCAUCAUAAUCAUCUACUUUUAGUAACCAAAUUUCUAGAAAAUAAAUUUGUAUUUUUAUCAAAUAAGAAAAGUAUUUAUAAAACAACAAAAAUGGCAGCUGAAGGUGUUCCUCGCACUGAAUUGGAAGAUUUGCAAAUGAAAUCUGCCCAGGUGGCGGAUGAAUCUUUGGAAAGUACCCGCCGUAUGUUGAAUCUUAUGGAAGAAAGUAAAGAAGCGGGUAUACGCACACUCGUUGCCCUUGACGAUCAAGGUGAACAGCUGGAUCGCAUUGAGGAAGACAUGGAUCGUAUUAAUGCCGACAUGAAAGAGGCUGAAAAAAAUUUAAGUGGCAUGGAAAAAUGCUGUGGUAUUUGUGUGUUGCCCUGGAAAAAAGUAUCUAUAAAAGAUGACAGUGACAAUGCUUGGAAAAAUAAUGAUGAUGGUAAAAUUGUGAACAACCAGCCUCAGCGAGUUAUCGAUGAACGGGAAAGAGCAGGUAAAGGAGCUCCUCCCCAAUCUGGUUACAUAGCCCGCAUAACAAACGAUGCCCGAGAAGAUGAAAUGGAUGAGAAUCUGGGCCAAGUUAAUUCAAUGUUAGGUAACCUGCGCAAUAUGGCCUUGGAUAUGGGCUCUGAAUUGGAGAAUCAAAACAUACAAAUCGAUCGUAUAAAUGCCAAGGGUGAUGCUAAUAAUGAACGUAUGACGGGAGUCAACAAGAGGGCCAAUAAUCUACUCAAGAGUUAAAUCAAUUAAUCACUCAGACACACAGACACACUCACAGAACAGUAUAUUUAAAGUAAUAUCGUCAUCAUCAACAAUAUAAAAACAACAACAUCAUCAU